UCUGAAGAAUGAAAACACGAAAGUUUAAUAAUAUUUCCAAACCAAGGCUUAGCGGAGCUGGGCGUGCGUCAUGACGUCACAGCCAGUCGUAGUAGGGGAUGACGUAGAGAGCAGAGCGGCAUCGCUGACCGGCGGAAAGAGGGCGAGCGUCCUGCACGAGGACAGGUGAAUCACCAUGACAACAGAGCCAAGUGAAGCCCAGCCCCCAGAGGCGGAGCCUUUCCCUGAAGCCGCCGCCCACUCCACACCUAAACAGGGAGGGGAGGGGCCAGCUCACAGCUCAUUGGCUGAGGACUCCAGCAGUCCGCUGUCGUCGGGCGGACUCGUCACUCGCUCUCCGGCCAGAACCGCGCUGGGCUUCAGAACCAUGCAGACCCGGGUGGCGCUGCUGGACGGGUCGCAGUUCACCUGCAUGGUGGAGAAACGAUCUCGAGGUUUUCAGCUGUUUGAGAAGGUUUGUGAUCACCUCAACCUGCUGGAGAGAGAUUAUUUCAGCCUGUCCUUCAGAGACGCAGACAGCAACAAGAACUGGUUGGAUCCUGCGAAGGAGAUCAAGAAGCAGGUCAGAGGCGUUCCCUGGAACUUCUCCUUUAACGUAAAGUUUUACCCUCCGAACCCGGCCCAGCUGUCUGAGGACAUCACCAGGUACUUCCUGUGUCUGCAGCUCAGACAGGAUGUCGUUUCCGGACGUCUUCCAUGUUCCUUUGCGACUCACGCCGUUCUUGGUUCCUACACGGUUCAGUCUGAGCUCGGAGACUACGACUCUGAUGAAUGUGCUCCAGACUACGUCAGUGAGUUGUGCUUCGCUCCAAACCAAACCAAAGAGAUGGAGGCCAAGAUCGUGGAUCUGCACCGGACCCUCAGAGGAAUGAGUCCAGCAGAAGCUGAGAUGCAUUUCCUGGAGAAUGUGAAGAAGCUGUCCAUGUACGGAGUGGACCUGCAUCACGCCAAGAUGACAGGAAGCCGUUUUGACUGCCUGUCUGCUCAGUCAGAGGACUCGGAGGGCGUGGCCAUCAUGCUGGGCGUGUGUAACAGCGGGCUGCUGGUGUACAGGGACCGGCUGAGGAUCAACCGAUUCUCCUGGCCAAAGAUCCUGAAGAUUUCCUACAAACGGAACAACUUUUACAUCAAGAUCCGACCUGGAGAGUUUGACCAGUUUGAGUCCAUCAUUGGCUUCAAGCUGCUGAACCACAGAGCAGCCAAGCGGCUGUGGAAGGUGUGUGUGGAGCAUCACUCCUUCUUCAGGCUGCUGUCUCCUGAGGAACCGCCAAAGAAGUUUCUGUCUCUGGGGUCAAAGUUUCGCUACAGCGGUCGGACCCAGAUUCAGAGCCGCAGAGCCAGCGCUCAGAUAUCCAGACCCGCUCCCAACUUCCCACGAUGCAUCAGCAAGAGGAACAUGCUGAGCCGGAGCCUGGACGGAGCUUCCAGGACCACAGCAACGUCUUCUCUGAUUGGCUCUCCUGCCGUCACUGUGUCGCUCAAAGCCAACGGUCGAGCUUACUCAGACAUGGGCUCAGGACUGUACGGAGCAUCGAAAGCCAUCGCUGUCAGCGACCACAUCGCCACGGUAACCAGGAGGCUGGACGACAGCAGGGAGGAGCCAGUUGAGGAGGUUCUGCUGCUGCUGGUGGAGGAGGAGCAGAAAGAGGAGGAGAGGAAGGCUGCAGAGGUUUCUCCAGAAAGUCCUCCGUCUCCACAGAAACACGACACCAAGACGGAGCUGACGGACACCGUCGUCGAUGGCGACCUGACCGUGACUGAGUCUGAUCAGGACGAAGACCUGAAGACUCAGGAGACACUGGGCAGCCCAGAGGACAUCGUCCAGACGUCCAUCAGCGCGCUGCGGCGCUCCUUCCUGGAGGGAGAGCAGGGGGGCUGCGGCAUGACGGAGUGGGACAAACGCCUGGCCUCGUCUCCUCUGCGCCGCGCCGACGACGCGCCCAUGAUCGAACCCCUGGAGCCGGAGGAGGAGGGACGGGUGUUGAUGACAAGCCGAGCUGCUGGACAGCCAAUCAGAGAGAGGCAGGGGCGGAGCUACGACACAACCACCGGCAGAGUCUUCUCGGUGUGGGCCGAGGACGAUGUCACCAUGGCAACGAACAGAAACGCCCUGGUGUCUGCCACUGAUGAUGUCAUCAGUAGAGGACUGCCGGUCACCGUCCAGGAGCCGAAAACGCAGCCGGCGCCGGCUGGAACCAGCAGGGAGGGGGGAGGAGUCCUGAUGACAUCAUCGCCUCUGGGAGGGCUAAGCCCCGCCCCCACGGCCACAGUGCCCACACCGUCCUUCGAUGAAAUGUCUCCAGAACUGACGGCUCUGCUAAAGUCCGCCAGAGAGCAAGAGACCUUCAGGGAACACAACCUGCUGAAGACGUCGGAGAAGGUGGAGACAGUCUUUGUCCUCCCAGAGUCCGGGGACCGGGACAUCGCAGAUCACUUUAAGGUAGCCCCUCCCCCCGCUCACCCCCCGCCUCCCCCUCCAGGAGCCGGCCAGGCCCCUGAUGAUGAUGUCACAGCCCAGCGGCUCAGCUGUGGCGACGGGGGCGGAGCUAGUGACGGCAGCGGUAAACGUGAGGCUAGUGAUGAAGAUGAGGAUGAGGAUGGCAGUGAUGAGGGUAGCAGUGAUGAUGAUGUCAUCAGCGUGCUCGCUCAGGCAGCCGUCGAUGAGUCGAUGGAGGCUGCGGUCAGACAAGCCACCUGUGGUUACCAUGACGACGGAGAGUCAGACGACUCCCAGGAGGAAGGAGAGUGGACCCCGCCUUCACCCCGCCCCAUGUCUCGGGACUCCACCAGUCCCACCCAACAGUCCCCACAUGAGGACGAGGAGGAAGUCCCGGUGAUGAGGAAGACUCUGACCUACGAAGCUCCAGGGAGCCAAGCCGGCACUGAUCCCCCUGGUGGCCUCCUUCUGAGCUCCCAGACCUUCACCGCAGAGACGUCCAACACCACCACCACCACCCACAUCACCAAGAUGGUGAAAGGAGGAGUUUCAGAAACCAGAGUGGAGAAAAGAAUCGUCAUAUCUGGAGACACCGAGGAAGACCACGAGCAGGCCCUGGCGGCGGCGCUCUGCGAGGCGCGGCGGCUGCAUCCUGAACUGUCGGUCACCAGAGUCGUCGUCCACAAAGAAACUGAGGUUCCUCCUGAUCACGAGAUCAAUUAGUGAUGUCACAGGCAGGUGGGAUUCCAGCUGAAUGCUCAUUGGUCGGUUGCAUGGCCUCUGCCUGGCUGGCUCUGAUUGGUUAAACCUGAUCAGGUUUAACCAAUCAGGUAAAAAAAUUCUGUGGCUCCUGCACUUGUUUAGUUUCUGAACUCAGAUUCUCCUGGUUCACCUUCAGCAUGGAGCGCUCUGAUUGGCUCAAUCAGCUGAAAAGCCUGCAGGAGGCGCUGUACCCUCUGCUGCAUGUCUGCAUGAUCAUCAGUCACCCACACACUUCCUGCUGCAGUUCCCUUGAUUAACACUAGAUGUCCCUGCUGAUAAAGAGAGAGAGACCAAGGAACGAAACAGCAGAAGACAACAAGAUGAAAAACAACGAUGAUUUAAGAAAACAAUCCGUUGAUCUGCUUGGUCCCUCUGUCCUCCUGUCUGUCCUCCUGUCUGUCUCUCUAACUGCUGUUUGUCUCUUUCAGGACUGAAUGUUGAUCCUCUGUUGCAUUAUGGGAGUUGUAGUUCCCAGCCAAUCCCACCAAGCGGAUUCUGACGCCAACUGGAGCAGAGAACUCACCACAUGACUGCAUGGCACGCGCACACACACACACACACACACACACACACACGCACAGACACACACCCUGGUGCUGUACGCUGCAGUUGGACGUUUGUCUCCAGGUGAAGCUGUGAUGUAUUUUAAGAAGCCCCGCCCCCUCACACACCUCAAGCCACACCCCCUGACUGCUUCAGGAAACCUUCUGAUUGGCCGACUGACUCAGGUGUGCUCCUGACUUAGUUUGAGAACCUGCUGAGAAGCUUUUAUUAUGAAAAUCUGCUUCCUGCCCCCAUCGCUUGCACAGCCAAAGCUCAGCCAGUAUUUACCCAUGAUGCAACAGGAAGUGCCAUAGAGCUCGGAGGUCUGAUCCUGAUGGUCGGCUCUGUUGGAGUGAACUUUGACCUCAGUCUGCUGUGGUAAACACUCUACAGGAGAGCCCUUCAAAAUAAAAGCCCUGCUUGGAGUAGGGAGCUGUUGGGAUGAACUCUUAUUUUGAAACUCUGCAGGAAGUCUGCAGUGGUAGACGCUAGUUUCACUUGUUUGUUACAUUUUUCCCUCUUGUCACAUUUCUGGACCGGGUCGGUUCUGCUUGGCAGGUUCAGAACCUCAGCGAAACGUUUUCACCGUCAGAACACCAGCCUGUCUCACCUGGGCCUGUCGCCGUAGCAACCGAUCCUAAUGCAUGUUAUCUGGAUCUGUGGUAAUUGAGCCAGAUUCUCACCUGGAUCUGUUGCCAUGGUAACUGUUGGUACCGGGUCAUCUGAACAGGAAGUGCUUCCUGUUGGGUCAGUUGAACCCGCCUGCUGGAACCGAUCCUUCAUGUUCUUUAUUCUGGAAAAACUGUUAUUUAAGGAAUUUUGUUGACCUUUGACCUCUGACCUCAUUCAUUUAAUUAAUCUGUGGCUCAUUUCUGUAUUUAUGGCCUCAGACAGACUGAACCAGCACGCCCCCUGGUGUCCGGUUUUAUUUUCUCACCUUCAUCACUUUUAUUCAUUUAUUAAAAUGAAGAAACAAACAA